UAAUAUUUAACAGCCAGCCGAUCGUAUAACUUUAGUGUUCUCCGCGCGUGUAGCCGACUGGAUCGAUGAAGUUGUGAUUUGGACGGAUAUUGACACACUUCACCGACGCGCAGAAACAAUGGUUUCCAUCGGAAAGGUGCUCCUCGGAGUCUUUGGGGUAGCAGUGGUCGUCAUUUUGAUAGCGGUACCCACGGCUAUAUAUUUGAAAGAGAAGGAGGAGGGGGAUCAGAACAUGAGAACUUUCACCCUGGAGGAUGUCUUCAACAGUUCACUGAAACCAAAGUCCAUCAGCAUGAGGUGGAUCUCAGAUAAUGAGUAUUUGAAUAAGUCCCAGGGCUCAGUCUUCCUCCACAACGUCGUCACAGGAGCGGCAUCAGAGUUCUUGAGCGGAGACACGUUUAACGAAAAAGGCGCUUAUGAUUACCAGCUGUCUGCUGACCGCAAAUAUGUUGCAUUCAUAAGCAACCGUACCAAGCUGUGGCGGCAUUCAUUUACAGCUACAUAUUCACUUUAUGACCGGGAAUCAAAAAAUUUCACAACCUCUGACAUUCCUGAAGAAAUCCAGUACUUUGCCUGGUCUCCUGAAGGGAACAAACUGGCCUACGUUUGGGAAAAUAAUGUGUACAUAAAGACCAGCCCUGAAUCGCCCCCACAUCAAGUCACCUCAAAUGGCAAGAAGAAUCUGAUUUUUAAUGGGAUCCCGGACUGGGUGUACGAAGAGGAGAUGUUCUCAUCCACUCAAGGACUGUGGUGGUCACCUGGAGGGAAGUACGUGGCUUAUGCUGAGUUCAAUGACACAGAGGUCCACACUAUAGAGUACUCCUGGUAUGGCGAGAACCAGUACCCCAGCACCGUUUCCAUUCCAUAUCCAAAGCCAGGUACUCCCAACCCCAUUGUGAAACUGUUUGUUGUGGACACUGACAACACAACAAUUACUGAAGUUGUUGUUCCAGCCUCACUCAACGCAAGUGAGCACUACUUGGCCACGGUUACUUGGGUGACGGAUGAACAAAUAGCGGUUCAAUGGCUGAAGAGAGUACAAAACCACCUCAUCCUUCAGAUCUACAAUUUUAGUGGAGUCAAGUGGGAUCCUGUUGAGCAUCUGGAGGUACACAGUCCCAUGGGUUGGAUUGGACGGUUCUCUCCACCAGAACCAGUUUUUGAGGCAGACAAGAACAGCUAUUACCUGUUGAUGAGUGACGCUACAGGGUACAAGCACAUCCAUCAUGUGCUCGGGGGCAAAGCUAAAGCAAUCACCUUUGGAGAAUGGGAAGUCAUUGACAUUUUGAAAGUAACUGCGGAUAGUGUAUAUUAUUCAAGUAAUGAAGGGGGCAAGCCAGGAAGAAGGAAUGUUUACCAGUUUUUCAAGAGCAUCGAUCAAGGGAGCGCAUUGUAUAUGACCCGGUGUCUGACUUGUGAAUUACGCAAAGAAGACUGUCAGUAUAACUCUGCCUACUUUAGCCACAAUGCCUCCUUCUACCGUAUGAGCUGCAGUGGUCCUGGCAUUCCUUACUAUGCUCUCAUGGAUACCAGGCCAAAUCAAGUGUUAAAGGUUUUGGAGGACAAUAAAGAAUUUAGCAGCCUGAUAUCGGACAUCCAAAUGCCCACUAUGCGCCGAGCCUCCAUCAAACUUGAAGGACACAAUCUCUGGUAUCAGAUGUUUUUGCCCCCAGGCUUUGAUGAAUCCAAGAAGUACCCUUUACUAAUAGAUGUGUAUGCCGGUCCCUGCAGUCAGAAAGCAGACUUCAUCUACAGGGUAAGCUGGUCCACCUACCUGGCCAGCACUGAGAAAAUCAUUGUCGCAAGCUUUGACGGAAGAGGAAGCGGUUACCAAGGCGACAAGUUAAUGCAUGCAAUCUAUAAAGGUCUGGGAACCUAUGAGGUGGAAGAUCAGAUAACAGCAGCCAGGGAAUUCAUCAAAAUGGGCUUCAUAGACAAAGACAGAGUUGCUAUUUGGGGCUGGUCUUAUGGUGGAUAUGUGACAUCAAUGGCCUUGGGAUCAGGAAGUGGAGUUUUUAAAUGUGGAAUGGCGGUCGCUCCAGUGUCCAAAUGGGAAUAUUAUGAUUCCAUCUACACAGAGCGUUACAUGAUGGAGCCCUCACAGAAUUCUUUGGCCUACACUAACUCAACAGUAACUGCCAGGGCCAAGAAUUUCCAUUCAGUGCAGUAUCUUCUGAUUCAUGGAACAGCUGAUGACAAUGUUCAUUUCCAGCAGGCAGCCGAGAUCUCUGAAGCUCUAGUGGACGAGCAGGUGGACUUUGAGGCGAUGUGGUACACAGACAAGGAUCAUGGGCUUGGCGGCUCGGCCAAUCAACACGUCUACACCCACAUGAGCCACUUCCUACAGAGGUGCUUUGCAUAAAGUCCACUGGGUCACAAAAAUCUCUUUUCACAACCUGAAUAAAACUAAAAUGUUGGAUAAAGUCUUUAAGUCUUUAGUUCUCCAAACGCCAGGAAAGUACAAAGUGGUCCAAAUCAUAUAAUGUCGUUUAGUGAAAAUUUGUCAUGCGUCAGAAAUGGAAAUGAUAACUUGCAUGUUUACUUGUACCACAAAUACUUCAAAUGUGGAUUUCUUUUCAAAGUUUGUUUUGUGAAUUUAACUAUAUUUGACAAGACAUAGGCUACAGUAAUGAUAUGAAAGUGUAACUACUUGUACUACUUAGGACAUAGUUUUUACAGUAUUGUAUUAAAAUAUGCACAU